UUUAACGCCAUACAUUUAGAAAAAGACACGCAAUAUUGACGAUUUUUUAAAGGAUUUCGUGGUAAAGGGUAAUUGUAAACUAUUGACUUGCACUUUUUGAUAAUUUUUGGUGAUGAAUCUUUAGUAGUUGCGAAACUGUAGUGGAGGUAGCACGCUGAAAAAUUCAACUGAGAAUCCUUUGAGUUUGGAUUGUAAAGUUCACAAUUUUAUGUCAAGUUCUCAAUAGGUUUAGUGAUAUGAGUGAUAACCAAAAAAGUCCACACGCAGCACGAUCUAGAGCUCCAAUCAAUGACGAGGCAGCUAGGUGGUGGGAAGUAUACGGCAACGAUGACCAACAAACAGAUUGCUACGUACAACACGAAACGAAAGAUUCACUUGACAUUACUAGUAGUAAAAAUGCCGAUGCCGACAACGAUACAUUCAAUACCAAUAAUUUAAAAGUACAAAGAGCAUUAACUUCAAAACUCUAUUCCAACUUUAUUGGUAGAACAGUGACUAAUGUUGAUCCUAAAGGUAAAGUAUUGAAAAAAUGGAGGGAAGACCAAGCGAAAGCAAAGUACGAACGAGCUAAGCGAGCAGUUAUUAAUUCACUGAAAGAAAAAUUCAGAGGUCCACUACAAGAAGGCAAUAUACCCUCUGUGCUCAAUGACAAUAAAGGGGAUAAUACUGAAGCAAUACCUGCGAUUAUAAUAACUGGAGACAAUGUCGAAGAAACAUCAAAUUCGAAUGUAAAUCGUGACGCUGGGGUUUGGAAGGAAAUUGAUUCCAGUUUAGUGAAAGAUAAGGUUGAAAUUUGGAAUGCAAGAGCUGAGGAUGUCAGUCACGCGAGGAGGCUUCAGAUGGGGCCAGGUGGUGAGCUGGCACAGUGGAGGCUUGUUCCUCGUGGCAGUAGGGCGGCGGGCGCGGAGGGCGGACUACGCGGGCUUACGAGGAUCGACAUGCCGUUGCCGAGCAGGGAAGGUCUGACUACGCCACGGAGCGCUCGGGCUCCUGUCGGCAGGCGACCUCCGAGCACGCUUCCUCAUCGGCUCAAGAAGGAAAAGUCUUUGGACAGUCCUCCGGAGAUGGAUUCUCCGGGAGGAAGCGUCAGCAGUGACUUGCGACGGCAGAACGAGGAGCUGCGCGCUCGUCUUGCCGGCGAGGCUGCUGAUCAUAAGCGUAGACUUGAGGCCUAUCGUCGAGCGCAGCAAGGUCAAGCUGCGUUGGUGUCUAGGCUUCAGUCCAAGGUGCUGCAAUACAAGCAGCGAUGUUCGGAGCUGGAGAACCAGAUGUUGGAGACGACUCCGCGCAGCGAGCCGUCGUCCACGUUCCGCGCGCCAGCCGUGAAGAGCCACUCCGUGUCGCUGCCGCCGCCGCCCGCAGCCACCACGUGCUCCUCGGCCGCAGUCGCUGCUGCCGACGCCAGGAUCACCGACCUGGAGACCGCGUUGAGGCGUUUGGAUGAAGAGAAGCGCAAGUGUGAGAAACUGGUGCAGCAGAACAACUUGCUGCGUGACCAACUGGAGGAGUCUCACCAUCUGAAUGAGGCUCUCACCAAUGACCUGCAGAAGCUGACCAAUGACUGGGAGGCUCUGCGGGAUGAGAUGGCCAUCAAGGAGGAUGAGUGGAAGGACGAAGAACAGGCAUUUAACGACUACUACUCCAACGAGCACCAUCGUCUGCUCAGCUUGUGGCGUGAGGUGGUGUCUGUGAAGCGUCAUUUCGCUGAACUGCAGACCAACACGGAGCGUGAUCUGUACCGUGUGAGGAACGAGUUCGAUUCCAAUGCUAGAGAACUUGUUGGCAUGCUCAGCGGAUACUCCAUCAAUGCGUUUGCAGCUCAGAGCUUGAAGCCUGACUUCCAGUCAUCUCAGCAGAACAUCUACCAGACCCAACAGCAGGGUGGUUACCAAGGUUCUAACCAGCCUGGUUACCAAGGUUCUCACCAGCCUGGUUACCAAGGUUCUCACCAGCCUGGUUACCCGGGGUCUCACCAAGCUGGUCAUGGGCCCGGUAUGCAAGGGGCUCAGGGUCACGCGACCGGAGGAGCAGGUCCGUAUACUGUGGAGAGUAUGCGCGUGGACUUGCGCGACAUGACUGCGCAACGUGACACUGCGCUCGCUGAGUUGCGCGAACGUGACGCCAGGAUACAACGCUUGUUGGGAGAGCUUCAGGGCUUGGAGGAGCGGUGCGAGAGCGCGGAGGCGUCGUGCGAGGCGGCGGGCGUGAUGCGCGCGGCGCUGGAGGACGUGGCGCGCGCGCUCAUACACGACUCCGACGCUGACGUCGCGCCCGCACAUCCCGCGCACGCACCGCAUCUACAUCUACACGAUAGAUCUCCAAAGCGUAUUACUUCAUCCGCCAACGCAACAGCAUUCGCCGAGAGCACAAUAUCGGCCGUACAAGCUGCACUUCACAAGUAUCAGAUACAAAUACAUGAGUUACAAGUAAAACUGCAGAACACUCGCGAACAACUGACGACUUGUAGGAAGCACGGCGAGGCGGCCGACCUUAAUGUCGCCUCUCUAGAGAGUAAGGUCCAGGAUCUACAAGGUAAACUAGACCAAGCCAACGCCGAUCUUCAUCAACUCUUGCAAGAGAAAGAGUCCAUGCAGAAGACGGUGGAAGCGCUCAGGAUCGAUAAGAACAACCUCGAGAGGAACCGCGUCGAGAUCAAUGCUAUGGUGGAAUCUCUAACAUCAGACUAUGAGAAGCUUCAAAAGAUCAACUCUCGUCUAGAGAAGGCUAUAGAAGCACUGGAGAGUGAGAAGAGGAACUUGAACGACGAGGUGGACCAUCUACACCGCGAGGCGUCUAGCAGAGAGGCAGUGUUGAGGGCCGAAGAAGAACGUGCCUCGCGGCUCCGCUCGGAGCUGGUGACGACCAGGGAGGAGCUCAACAAGACGGCGCUGGCGCGGGACUUGCUCGACCAACAGAAGAUAGAAGCCGACGCCAUACUCUCGCAGAUGGAGAAACAUAGGAGUGACUUGGAGAUAGAACUGGAAAGGACUCUUAUGGAGAGGAGUGAUCUGCAAGACCUCGUGGAGAAAUUGGAAGCCGCCGUGAGGAACCUUGAGAGUGACAAAAAGAAGUUGCAUGAAGAUGUCAAACAUUUGGAAGACGAGAAGUCCAACUUAUCAAGCCAGUCAUCGGAACAGCAAGGAGAUCUGAACUCGUUGCGCAAAGAGUUACUGGCAGCUGAACAAACUAGGAUGGAACUCGAAGCUGACAAGGCGUCGCUGUGUGAGAAGAUCAAGUUCCUUGAAGGCGAGAGAGAUAAAGUGGAGUUGGAGUUGAGACAGGUUAUGAGGGAGCGUGGCGAGCUAAGCUCCCAGCUAACAGCAAUGGUUCGCAAGAAGGACACUCUGAACGAAGAGAUCAUACGUCUGCAACAACGACUGGAGCAGGCCAAUGAGACCAUCGGCAGGAUUAACCGGGCUUUGGAAGACCAUGUCAAGGAUGGGGAGGAUAAACAGAUCCUGAUAGACUCCCUGGAGAAGGACAAGCAGCACCUACAGGAACAGCUGGCGGGAGUACGGUCGGAGAAGGAUGCCCUAGAGGCCGUGCUCUUCGACACUGCCAACUUGCUGGAGGACACUGACAACAAGAGGAACAAGCUCGAGCAUGAGCUGCAGGAGACGCUGGUGCAGCAGGAGAACUAUAAGGGUCAAAUCGCCCGUCUGACUAAGGACCUGGAGAACAGUGAGCGCAAACUGCGCGACACUCGCAACUCCAUGUCGCAGGCGUCGGGCAAGAAGGAGGCCGAGUACCAGCAGAUCAUCACCAACAUCAACCGCACCACUGCUGAGAACAUCACCAAGCUUAAGGAGGAGAAGGAACAACUCCGCCAAACACUAGAACAUAAACUAAGUCAGACUAUAGCAGCGUUGACGAGCGAGAAAGAGUCAUGCGAGGCUAGCGCGCGCGAGAGAGAGAAGAAGCUACUCAUAGCUCGGGACCAACUCAUACUGCAGCAUGAUGAAGCCAUGCUGAGGGCUGAGAAUGAUAAGCAACAGGCGUUGUUGAUGGCUCAUCAAGAACAGCAAGCCCUACUGGAGCGUUUGGAAGAAGCCAAGCGUGCGUUUGACUGCGAACAGAACAAGUUGGAGCGAGUGCGGCGGGACGCGCAUGCGCGGGCCGAGCAGGACCGGACUUAUGUCAACCAACUUAAAGACGAGAUGGCCGCGCUCAAGACGAGGCUGGAAGAAGCUAAGGCUACAGCAGAAGACGAGUGCGCCCGCUUCGAGAACCGCAUCAAGGAGUUACACCUGGAGAAGGAGGCCGUCACGCGCGAGUGUACGGAGAUACGGGCGCAACUGUCGCUCGCUGAGGACAAGUACGACAACGCGUACGCGCAGCUACAGGAUACCAUGAGGAAGUUGAAGGAAUUGGAGAACGAAGCGGACAGUCUCCGCAAAGAGCUGACGGACGUGCGUCGCCAGCUGACGAACUGCACGGCGGAGCGCGACAAGUACAACAGUAGCUGCCGCGAGCUCAGGGAACACGUCAAGCGGGCCGAGACCGAGCGCAGGGAGGCCGCGCGCGCCAGGGACGAGGCCUACCACAAGAUUGCAGGCUUAGAAGAGAACCGCACAACCCUCGAUCUAGAGUUAUCUCGCGUUCAGACAAUGUUGAAGGAGAGUGAGACGGGAGGUGAACACGUCACCCGCGAGCUGAAGGCCACCGAGAACCAACUCAAGAGGGAACGAGCUGCUUUGGAGCAAGCCAACCAUGAUAUCAAGGAGUUGCAGUCUAGACUACAGAACGAGUGCGAGGAGCGCGAGCGUUGCGCGGGCGACGCGGCGGCGGCGCGGCGGCACGGCGCCGAGCUGGACGCGCUGCUGGCCGCCGCGCGGGCAGACCUGCAGGCCUGCAGGCAGCGCGCCGCGGACCUGGAGGAGGCCUGCCGCGCCAGGGACCAGGAGUUAGUACUUCGCCUGGAGGACUGUCGGUCCAAGGAGCGUCGACUGGAGGAACUCAAACAUAACCUCGAGGUGUGUCUCGCUGACGCUACGCAACAGAUACAGGAACUUAAGGCGCGACUAGGCGGCAGCGAGGGCCGGUGCCGCGCGCUGGAGGCGUCCCUGUCGCAGUGCGAGGCGGGCAGGCGCGAGGCGGAGGCCAAGCUGUCGUCCAUCGCGCACGGGCUGCGGCGCGUCUGCGGCGUGCAGCCCGACGGCUCCGUGCACGCCGCGUCCAGGAAGCGACUCGCCUCGCCCGCGCGACGGUACAGCCCGCACAGGGGUCGUGAUCACUCGGAGGAUCGUAACGAGAUCAUAGACGUAGAUCCCGAGCUCAUCAAGAAGGGAAUGCGCAACCUGAUGCACGAUGUGUGCCAGAUCGAAAGGGAAAAGGACGACUACAAGUCGCAGGUGAGCAUGCUGAAGAAGCAGCUGAAGGACGCGAGCGAGCAGCAGGGCAAGGGCGACAACAAGCUGCACUCCGUCACCACCAACCUGCGCGCGCUGCAGGAGGAGAAGGCGCGCCUGCAGACUGCAUACGGACAGAAGGAGGCGCAGAUUAAUGCACUCAAUGAAUCUGUACAAAGUAAGACACUGGAAAUCAGCAACUUGCGAGACAAGAUCACAAGUCUAGAGGCAGCGCUGUCGGCAGUCACUGAGGAGAAAGUUCAAAAUGAGAACAAAGGAGACAAUCUUCGAGUACAGUUAGCUGAACGGGUCCAAGAAGUCGGACAACUCCGUGAAGCGCUUGCGGCGGCUGAAGGUCGUGCGUCUCGUCUGGAUGUACGACGCGCUCAGUUAGAGGGCGACGUACAAAGAGCUGCCGUCGCGGCUCGGGACAGAGAUCAGGCAUUGAAGAAACUACAAGAGCGAUGCGAAGGCUACCAACGUACUAUAGCCCAACUAGAGGACCGCUGUACUUCCCUCAAAGGCACCGUGGAACAACUGUCCACUGCACUGCAGAAGGCCGCCGCGGCCGAGGCAGAGCUUCGGUCAGAACUCGGCAAAGUCACCAGGCAACUCAAUGAAGCUAAGAAUAAUGAACAUAAUGCCGUUGAUAAGCUGAGGCAGAUACAGAAGAGUGUGUCGAGCUGUGAAAAUGAGCGGCGAGUAUUGACGGAGAAACUGGAGAGUGCCAAAGCAGCGCUCGGGGAGAUGAAGAGGAUGAACUCCUCGCUGGAGGACCAGGUGCACAGGCUCACCAACCAACUAGCCAACCUUGAGGUGCAGAGGUCCGCCUUCGAAUCCCAACUACGUAUGACGACAUGGGACGGCAAAGAAAGCAACAGCGACAGUGAGUUAGAGAGAGAGUUACACCAACUACAACGAGACCGCGCGGAACUCAAGUCCAAGUGCGAAGUACUGCAGGACACUGUACGCAAGUUGGAGGCCGAGCGACGCAUGGUCAGACCCACGCUCAGGAGCAAGAGCCACGAUAGGACUGAGAAGAGCGUCUACUAUUCUGAUUUGGACUCUGGUCCAGAUUCCACCAAAGACUCGUCGACACGUGGUUACAAGGACUCGUCCAACAUUCCGUGCAAGGACAAAGGGUUCACUACUGACUUGAGCCUCAUAGAGCUGGAGAACAGGGAGCUCAGGAUGAAGAUCCGACGGUUGGAGAAGGAACUAGCUGAUAAAGAGGCCGAGCUAGCGAUGGCCCGCAGCCGGUACCUGUCGGACCUGUCGAGCAUGUCUCCGUCGCGCCGCAGCGACGUGGAGCACUACCGCCAGGCCGCGCUGCAGGCCGAGCGCCUGCUGGAGAGCAAGGAGGCGUCCUACCGCCAGCAGAUCAUGAGGCUGGAGACACAGGCGUCUCAGCUCCGCUCUCAGCUGACAGCGGAGAUCCGUCGGCGCCAGGCAUACAUCGCCCGCAGCGGCCGCGCCGCACGAGACGUGCAGAGACUGCGCUCGGCACUCGGAGACUCGCUGCGGACUGUCUCACAGGAUCCAGCACUGGACUCGUACACCUUGGAACACGAAGCAAGAAAGUUGGACAGCACGCUCACCCACAGUCUUCCUCCGCUCAACGACAGCUACGACUCGUCCAAAUAAACAACGGCUCCGCGACAAGCCGAUAUUUACCAAUAAUGAGCUGCCAACGCUCGAGCAUUGUGUAAAAAACACACAAUAGGAAUACAGAUGGUGUAAUUUAUAACCAGCCGUGUAGUUUCAAGUUUCUAUUAGAGGAAAACUGGCUGCGUUGUGUAAAAUUAGCAGAUAAAGUCAAUACAAUAGACGACAACAACGUUAUUCCUAUACACCGAACUAAUUAUCACCUGUUUUCAAAUAACGUGGUGUCUAUUUUUAAUAUCGUUCGAAUAAACCUAAAUGUAAAUUGGGCGUAAACGACAGUACAAAUAUGGCGUGGACUAGCGACAGCCACAAAAUGUAACCUUCGACUCAAAAACAGGCCUCAUUCAUGAUCAUGAUGGACCAGAAUGUUGAAAGUGGUUACGAAAUCGUUAAUCAGUAAAAGUAUUGCUGAAUACCAUUGUAUUUAUCGGUACACUCGUGACGUCAUCACUGCUUGUCAUAUCGGACGCAUGUUUACGAAUUUUGUUUGUUCGACAUGUGAGUUACAUUCGAGUUAAUUACACCACAUGUCGAUGUCUGUAGAGAGUUGAAUCUAUUUGGAAUGUUGAAUGUUUAUGUAGGUGACUCAAACGACCGAAUUUUAAAGAUUCUUCUCGGUAGAGUAUCGCACCAAGUAUUCACGAAUAAUGUAAGCGAAGUGUAUUUGUCAUUUAGCAAUGAUUUGUUUGAUAACACGUAUGAGUCAGUGUGUCUUGAACCAUGAUUCACACUGAGGUCAGUUCAAAGACCGGAAAUAUGGAGGAAGCUAUUUUUUUUAACGUCAAUGACUCAGUAAUCGUUUAGUUUAAUGGUGAGAUUAUGUGUGAUCUGUUUCUAGUCAAUUCAAAUAAUUACUUUAUAGUAACAAUAAUCAAGGAACUAUUAGGUUAAUUGUUUUAAAAUAAUGUAGUAACAAGUAGCUAUUCUAAACAGAUUGUUAAGUCUGUUACAGUACCUAAUGAAACAAAAAGUCUUUGUAAGUUAUUUUUGAACGAAUUAUCCCCAUCGGAUAAUGGAUUCUAUGCUAUUCGUACCCAUUUAUUUUUGGCGUGCAAUAUACCAUAUUUAAUAAUACAAACAAAUGAUUUACCUAUUUUAUUGUCAUUUACCCUUAUGUUCCUCAUAUACCCAGAUAUAAUAAAUUAAAACAAAGUUAUUUACAUCCUUAUAUCCAUUACAUCAUUGUUUUACUUUUAGGAGCAUACGUCAUUCGUAUAAAUUAAUACACGUGUUCAAAAAAAUAUAAUUAUAAUGUGAAGAUUUCUUAGUUUGAUAUAUCUAUUGUGUGAUUAUGCAAAUUUUUAUAAUAAAUAUAAUUAGGUAUAACAGUCACCUGUUCUAGUCAUAGUAACUAAUUAAUUAAGACUUAACGGCAAACUAUUCCGUCCGACUAUGUUCUAAUUACAAUCUAUGUGUACGGUGUACCUAAUAAUAAACAUAUCGACACCUAGGUACCACCAUAAUCACGUUUUCCGCCUCAACGACUUAUGAACAUUAAUGUAAAAUAGUCCCGUAUUUAACAAUAUUAUUUCAAUGACAUGUAGGAACAUUGUUGUAUCGGAAAGAAAUAAGCAACAGCCGAGAGCCUCACUAACAAUUUCUCAAUUGAAACCAUAUUGUUGAACAAUCAAUUGUAUUUUAUUUCAAUAAACACUAAAAGUUUAUAAAAUACGUGUAAGUUUCACUUCACGCUUUAUCGCAGGAGAGGCGAGGCAGUUUAGCUAUCACUAUUUUUAUUAAAUAUGAAUAAAUGACGCGGAUAUCGCUUAUCAAACUAAUUUUACGAGUAUGUAUAAAAAAGCAAAUUGUUCUGAUAAGUGUGUAUGCACGUAUUGGGUUAUUAUUAUGUUACUUACUAUAAAGAGCAGCAACAAUGCUCCCCGUUAACAUUUGACCCUACUGCAACUAGAUAAGCGCCGCAGACUGGCUCGGGGCGCCUUGAUAAAAAUGGUUCAACACCAUUUCAUUACACUAUCUAUUUUGCCGGGUAUCGGCGUCACUGUAGACAACCUUAUUGUAUGUAGAUACACACUCCCACACGCUUUUUACUUCAAAUUACAGACUUUACUGUACCUAUUUAAUAUUAAGAUAUUAUUUUGUACGUUACACGCGCCCCCAUAGUGAGCUCGAUCUAUGUAUGAGACCUUGUUACACAUCAUGGGGUGUGUCAAUAGAAACUAAUGCAAUUGUAAUUCAAUACUUGUUUUGCAUUAUAGAUUAGAUUGCUUAGUUAUCGAGUUCAUAAAUAGGUAUUAAGUUAGACGUAUUGAGUUCAUUUCCACUGGACUGUGUCAAUUCUUAUGUUACUAGAAUAUCGACAUACGACCGCCACGUCACACUGCCAUACAUAUUUUGUCAAGUUUGUAUCUACUGUUUAGUUAGUCCCUCUAGAUUUAAGUACAGACACGUCAAUGUGACUUUUUUACACUCAUCAAGUUAAUAAAAUAGUUGUAGAUGGUA